ACGGCGCGGAGAUGCCGCAGCUGCCGAGAGGGGGCUGCUGGCGUGCGGUGAUAGCGCGGGCCCGCAGCGCAGUGCUCUUUGCAGGGCCCCGCGGGGCUUCGGGCGGCCCGGGUUGCACUCGGGACGCCCCUUCCGGAGCCGGCGAGCUGCGGGGCGAGCUUGAUAGAUUCGGGGGCGUCUCCGUGCGCCUGGCGCGGCUGGACGCAGUGCACCGCCUGGACCCGGUCGCCUUCCAGAGGGCCUUGCAGGCUGCAAUACAGAAAUGGAGAUCAGAAGGUAGAGUAGCAGUAUGGCUGCACAUUCCCAUCCUCCAAAGUCGAUUUAUUGCCCCUGCCGCUUCCCUGGGCUUCUGCUUUCACCACGCAGAAUCGGACUCAUCCACGCUGACUCUGUGGCUGGGAGAGGGGCCCAGCAGAUUACCAGGAUAUGCUACACAUCAAGUGGGAGUUGCAGGAGCUGUAUUUGAUGAAAAUACUAGAAAAAUAUUGGUUGUACAAGAUCGAAGUAAAUUGAAAAAUAUGUGGAAGUUUCCAGGAGGCCUGUCAGAGCCUGGAGAAGAUAUUGGAGAUACAGCAGUUCGAGAAGUUUUUGAAGAGACUGGUAUAAAGUCAGAAUUCAGGUCCCUCCUGAGUAUUCGGCAACAGCACACCCAUCCUGGAGCUUUUGGGAAGUCAGAUAUGUAUAUUAUCUGCCGCUUAAAGCCAUAUUCAUUCACCAUAAAUUUUUGCCAGCGUGAAUGCUUAAGGUGUGAGUGGAUGGAUCUCAGUGACCUAGUCAAGACUGAAAAUACAACUCCGAUCACCAGCAGAGUCGCUAGGCUGCUGCUGUAUGGAUACAGAGAAGGGUUUGACAAGAUUGAUCUGACCGUGGAAGAACUUCCAGCAGUUUACACAGGCUUGUUCUAUAAAAUCUAUCACAAGGAACUGCCAGACAGUUAUAAAACUAUGACAGGAAUGGAUUAAAUUUAUAUUUACAUGGUUUUAAAAUGUUUAAGUAAAUUGUACCUGUAGAUUAAUGUGUGCCAUAUUAUAAGAAGUAGUGGACAUUUGGGUUAACUAAAUAUCUGACUUAAAUUUUCUAAUGUCUAUGAUUUCCAUGAAGACAACUUGUUUGUACGUAUGCACAUUUUAAAAGCCUCUUUUCAGAUGAAGCAAAUGUAUGAAAAAGAUUGUAGCUCUAAGUAAGCUUCACUGGAUAAAGGCAAAUGCUAUAUAAAAACUGGAAGUCUAUGCAUUUUCCAGGAAUUUUUGUUGUUGUUGUUGUUUUACUAAGGCAAUGGUUAAAUAUUUUACUGUUAGAUAAAAGGUUAUCUGACCAGUUACCUAAACUGAGCAGAUAGCUGUAUACAUUUUUCUUUUUCUUUCAUCAACAAAUUUCUAAAAUAUACCUCUUCUUUCAUGUGAAAUGAGAUCAGAUGCUGCCAUUAAGAUCAGCUCUUAGCAGACAUUGGAAGAAAAAGUAUAGCUUUCUGCCCAGGUCCUGUUUUGGGUCCAAGUUUAUACUGCCCAGUUCGUUUCAGUGCCACAUACCAACUGGAGUAUUUCCUUGACCGGUUUAAGGUCAGGAGUCGAAAAGUAAGGCGUGAAAGGAAAAGUCAUGUAAUCAUAAAGAUAGCAUGAAAGAGGUUACUUGUACCUUUUUACACAGAGGGGAGAGAAGGAAAUUGUGCAUCUGUGCUGAACAUUCAGACAUAGAAAAGGAGAUCUUCAGAGGAAUGACAUCACAGAGGAAGUGGGCACUGGGAUACAUCAGUGAACAAAACUGAACAAAGAUCCCUGCCUUUGUGCUGGUCAAAUUCUCACUGGGGGAGACACAAAAUAAGCAUACUUUGAUUUUGCAGUUUUGGCUUAUGAGAGAGUUUGCUCAACAUGAGUCCAAGAAUACUUUUGUUUACACCGCUUCUGAGAAUUAAAAACAGACAUGAUGUUUGUCUCUUCCCAUUGUCACCUGAGUGAGGUCCCUGCUGACAUCCCCGGCUACAGUGUCUUUCAUCAUCAGUGAUUCAUCUCAACCCAUUAAACAGUGGAACAGAUGCUAUUAAUAGCCAAGGGUCAAGACUUUUAAUUUCUUGCCUGAAAGUUGCUAUUGUUGACAGCUCAAUGCCUAUGGAUCUGGCUCAGAGGAAAAUAUGCCACUUCCUGAACCACCACCAACACCACCUCCUUUGUUUGGGGGUAGGGACACUUACUUUUUCAUCUGAAAAUUGACACAGCCCACCCAGACUAAUCUGAAAGAGGAUUGCUGCUGAAGAGACAAGGCAGCAAGCCACACAAAUUGAAUGGUAAGACUAGAGAUUGACUCAUGACCUUGGCAUGGAAUAGAUCCAGUGACGGGAGCUGGAACAACUGGAUCUUGGCUGGUGCCUUUCCUCAAAUAAAACUGAUAAAUCCUGAAUAUUUCAUUUAUGUGUAACAGCUGUGGCUUUGUCCCUACAGAGUUUGUGAUAAAUUUCUGAGUCAAUAAAUUGCUAAAUUAACUCUUA